UCAAGAAACUCGAGAGACACAGCGCGUCCCCUGGAGACAGCACGCGUCCACUUCCGGUUAGGCAGAGAGCUGGAAAAAUAGCAACGGCUGAGGAGCACAGCUGGGGAAGGAGGAGGCCAGGCUGGAGCUAAAGCGAGUCGCUGUGCAAAGGAAUGGGCGACGUUUGACCAGAGAAGGUUCCCUACAAACCAGGAGAGACGUUAGUGAGUCAUGGAGGACUGUGGUAGCCUCAUAGAGUUCGAUGUACCUGAGUUCAGCAAUACCGUCCUGAACCAGCUCAAUGAGCUCCGUCUCCAGGGCAAGCUGUGCGACAUCAUUGUGCACAUUCAGGGCCAGCCAUUCCGAGCCCACAAGGCCGUCUUGGCCGCCAGUUCACCGUACUUCCGCGAUCAUUCAUCGCUAGGCACGAUGAGUGGCCUCUCCAUCUCCGUAAUCAAGAGCCCUGAGGUGUUUGAGCAGCUGCUCUCCUUUUGCUACACUGGCCGAAUGUCAUUGCGUCUACGUGAUGUCAUCAGCUUCCUCACGGCUGCCAGCUUCCUCCAAAUGCAGGCUGUGAUUGACAAAUGCACACAGAUUCUUGAGGGUAUUCACUCUAAGAUCAGCGUCCCUGUGCCUACUGGGAUCGAUCCAGAUAAUGAUUGCACCACCUCAAGGGCUGUCCGCAAUGGAGUGAAAGAUGGAGGCAUCUUUGUAAACCCCACCCAGAUUUCACCACACUACUAUUCUCGGCAGAAUCAUUGCGGGGAGGGCCGAAGCUCAGGUAAGGGAGUGGCAGAAGAGGGUCAGUCAGACCGAGGGAGUAGCGACAGCAUAUCCGAGCAGGAGGUGUCCAUGGAGGUUGAGUCUGAACAAGUAGACCUCAUCGGCAAGGAUGGACAGGUAACCGAUGUCCAUAUCAAGCUGGAGAAAACCGACCGGCCCAGCUAUUCCGAUAGCUCAUCGGCCGGUGAUGAUGGCUACCACACAGAGCUGGUGGACGGUGAACAGGUGUUGGCUGUCAGUGUGGGAUCGUACGGGCCUGUGCUUUCCUCUGCCGCAUAUACUUACUCAGCACUACCUUCCUCCUGUUUCGUCAGCCUGAGUUCCUCUAGCCCAUCUCGCUCCUUGCUCAGCAGCGUCCGGGGUGGUCGUGCCCGACCGAAACGUCCCGUGCCUCUUCAAGCCGAUCUGCUUACUCAGCUCAAGCCUGGUGCCACCGAAGGAGAUCCACCUGCAACGGCAACUACGUUCGAGAAUGACGUUAGAGAGCGGAGUUUCCGCGGACAGUGGUACCCCUACAACGAGCGCCUCAUCUGCAUCUACUGCGGCAAGUCCUUUAACCAAAAGGGUAGCCUGGACCGUCACAUGCGUCUGCACAUGGGCAUUACGCCCUUCGUCUGCAAGUUCUGCGGCAAGAAGUACACCCGCAAAGAUCAGCUGGAGUACCACAUCCGCGGCCACACGGACAACAAACCCUUCCACUGCCAGAUCUGCGGCAAAUGCUUUCCCUUCCAAGGCACACUCAAUCAGCAUUUGCGCAAGAAGCACAUGAUCUCUGGCACGGAAGUCAACAAUCACACUGACUUGCUGGGAGAGGCACCAGAUGGCCAGAGAGCGGAGCAAGAGGAUGCCUCCGAAGGCGAAGCAGCCUGCGUAGCAGCUUAUCCCGAUGAUUUGUCAACGAAAACCCCCAGCGAAGAGAGUGGCAAGUGUAGUCCGGAAGAAACCCCUCAAUCCAAACCCCUGCAUGGACACAGAGAAUAAAGUUUUCCAUUUAAAUGGUUGUUGGUCCUCCUUAUCUAAUAAGGAAGCAUUAAGGGUUACUCGUUUCAUGGUUAAGCCCAGCUGUUUUUAAAGAACGACAAGAAAUAACCUGCCUUGCGCAUUUUCUACUCAUCCAUUUUUGUGGAAGUUCUACACAGGACAAAGAUCGAGAGAAAGUUUUUAAGGAGCUUUUCAAAGGGAAGGAGUCCUAUAAUCGGGGAGGAGGUCUCUGUAAUCAAGGCCUCCUAAAAGUUUUAUCACAUUUUUUAUAUAUAUCUAUAUAUAUAUAUAUAUAUAUAUAUUUCCAUGUUUUUCAACAUAUUUACAGAGUAAUAUAGGCAUGUUGCAAUAAUGAAUAAUGUGAAAGCUCAGAUAAGAUGCUUGUCAUAUCACGCUUUUACCUGACCUGUUUUUGCACAUGUGGCCUGUAGUGGGUCACUCACUCACAAGGAAUGGUUUAUCUGCCAGUGCAAGGCUCUUUUUGUGAUCCAUCCGUUCAAUACCUCAUUAUACAACCUCAACAUAAACUCAUAAUGGACAGUAUUUGUAGCUUGUCGUCAACUCCAGCCAGGUUUUACCUCAUAGCAAAGAACCUGAAUGGAGGGGAAGAAACUUUUCUCAGUAAAGUCACAUUUGUUUUGUUUUCAUAGGGUUUGAAUUAAUGUUGCGGUGAAACCCCUGAACAAAACAUCUCCACUCUAUCCAAGCUUGAAACUUCAGUGAAAUAUUCCUUAGUCAUUGUAUGAAUUCUGGAUUAAUCUUGCUCAUUUUUCCUUAGCAGCCAUGUUGUGCACAUCUAUGAGAAUAUUGUACAAGACUCUAGUACAAGGUGUACCUGUGGUGUUUUUCUAGGAUCCAGGAAUUAUUAUUAUUAUUUUUUAAAUGCCAUAUUUUUCAUAAAAUCACAGUCUGUCACUCUAAACUCUUUCUGUAAAAUUAUCCAUCUGGUUUCAGGUAUAAUAUCAAAAGUAUAAUCACAGAUUCGUGUUAGAUCGUGCUAGAGUAGCAGCACAGUCAAAAAUUCUAUUCAGUUAAGAAAUGUUUAGUCACAUUUUUUACUUUUGCUUUCGUGCCAACUUUCUAUGUUUUUUCAAACACCAGUGGGGAGGGUGUGCCUUUAAAAAUUAAAGUUUAAAUUAUAUAUUAAUAUAUUUGUAGAUGCGUUUCUAAAAGUAGUGCGGGAGUCAUGCAAGUUAUGAAAAUUGCCUUAGGGCCAUACCGCCAUAGGAAGAAGGGGGGAAUAAACGCCUUGGUGAAAUAUUCAUAGCAUUAAUGUACACGCUCGAUCAGUGGUUAAAAUUUCAAACAGCUCUUCUUGUAUUCAGCUGGCUCGAACUCCUUGGUGCUGAAUAGACAGCUGUGAGAAGAAGCUCUCUUUGGCUUGUCACACUUGUGCAUCUGUCAAUGUAUAGACCAAAACGUAUGAUGUUUCAGUGCAGAAAUGUAUAAUUGAAGAAGAUUCACUUACUGCCGGUAUGCUUUUGUUAAUGUUAAAUUGUAUGGAGGUGUAUUGUUUAUUCAGGAGGUUUAGUGUAGGGUUUCAAACUACAAUAGAGCAGUAAUAAGAUAAACCUGCAGUGUCAGUAUCACUGUUGUGGGCACUUUUAUACAUUUAGUAUUGUGAAGAGAGAGCCCUGGAUGCCUGUUAUCUCCACAAUAUCUCUUCUCAUGCAUUUUCAUUGUUAUGUAACUGGUGCAAAACGUCAUACCUCACUUUUUUUUUUUUUCUUGACCUGUGAUUGAAUAAGGCUCCUUGUUGUCUCACAUGCCAAUUGUAGAUACAUUUGAUUUCUUAUCACUUAUUUGAUUCAUAACGAGUAAUAGAAGCGGCUACAUAAGAUGCAAAACAAGUAAAAUGGCGUAUUGUGGACUCCUAUUUUAUAGUCGAGCAUCUGCCUCCCUGACUGUCUGCAGUAUAUUUGAUUUAUAGUUCUUGAUGCUCAGACAGAUUAAAACAUGCCUCGCUUUUACAAGAUUCAGGUGCUUUCAAGUUUGCCCGAAAUACCAUUUGGAUAUUUACUUUACCACGCCCUCCAUAAGUUAACUUUAACAACCAUUAGCCAAGGAUAGUUAGCGUAAGCAGCGUUCCCUUUUGUUUAGAAACUCUGGUAUUAUCCUUCCAAGACAACUCCUUAAUUCUGUGAACCGCAUCCAGUAUCACGCCUUGGACAAAACUUGUUUCUGAAAGUACGACAAGUUAAAACACACAGUGACUUAGAUUAUGGUGCUGUUCUGUUUUCAUUUUCAGUUUGUAUACUUUUCUUUUGUGGUGUUUACUCGUAUACCAUUUUUAUUUUAUUUUCUGCAUUUAUUUCGGUCUCAGUUAAAGUAUUCUGAGAUUUCAAAUUGAACUUCAGGACUUCUGCCCUUUCUCUCUCUCUUUAAAAUCAGUUUCACUCAAAGUGAAAAUUUUAGAAUGCUGAAUUAUUUGUGCCAUUAAAAUCUCUUCAUGUGCUUGUAUUACUGGCAGAUGAAUGAGAAUUAACCUUAUACUUUUAUUUUUUUUUAAUUUUUUUAGCUUUGAAUCAGUUCAUGGCAGUUUUAAAUAAUGAGCCAAUGUGAUAACUACAGUUAUCGAGCCAAAACUCUGAAUGCAGAACACCUUGUACUACUGACAGCAUGUUUGGUGUCGUUCUGUGAUAUGAGAUGCCAUGUAUGCCAUUUGAAACAUUGUAAGCCUGACUGCUUUAUUCCCUGAACAUGUUUCGAUUUUCUCUGUUGCUUUAUCGUAAUGUUCCCGUUCAUCUUAGAUAAUGUGAACGUGACUUUGGCCACUAACCAAAGAGCAAACCAAAAAUUGUAAAGGGUUUGUGUGGUAUGUUGCACAGCGGACAAAGAAAGACCAAAACCAAGCCCUGGAGCAAAUGAAUCUGUUUUAGAGGUGUCCGUAGAUCUUCUCCGUCUCAUUUCCCAGCCUCAUGCUGGCUCUAACACCUGUCGGGAUUUUAUAGCAUUGGCUGUCAUGUGUUUCACACAUUGGUUUUAGGUAGGUUUUGUUGAGAUGAUGUUUUACAAUGAAAACUGUAAGCUUUAGUAUUUGGUGAACAGAUUUUGGAUGUUGUUCUGUGGUCUUUAAAGAAUGAUAAUACAAA